GCGGACUACAGGACUGUGUUUGUGCUGCUCAAGAUUUUGAGUUUAUUGACGCUUCUCCAGCAAAGUAAUUGUAGUAAUAAAGCAACCUCAUCGUCCGUCCAGACAAAAUUGCUCGAUGCUUUCGCCAUCUUCAUUGUUUGUAUUCUGUGGAAGAAUGCUUAUGUGCGCAGGCGCGAAGUGUUUCUUUUACAAAGUGACAUCGACAACUACUGGCCUGUUCCUGAAAAAUGAACAAGGCAGGUCUGAUAAGAGAAGGCAACAAAUGGAUACGGAUGGAUGCGUUUUGCACAUGUUUGGAGUAUGUGGUCAGACCCCAGUCGUGUCCAUCAGACCCCAUGCGGCUGCCGUUAAACCCGGCGAGACUGUGAGCUUCAAGUGCCACGUGGUGAGUGGGUCGCAGCCCAUCCAGCUGGAGUGGAAGAAGAUCAGCAACCAGGAAAUGGGAGAUAAUGUUAAUAUUGGAGCUGAUGGGGCUGUUCUGACUAUUACCAAUGUCCGUGUCAAUAACCAGGGUGGAUACCACUGCAUUGCAACAAAUGCACAUGGAAAAGUGACUGUCACAGCCUCCCUGUCCAUCAAACAGCUUCCAAAGGUUCUAGUGAAGCCAUCCAGCCCACUGACUGUCAGAGUGGGUGAGACUGCAUCUCUAGAAUGCAACGCCUCAGGGAGGCCACACCCCUCCAUCAGCUGGUACAAAGAGGAAGGAGGGAGUGAGACGGCGCUUGAUUCCAUCAUGACAGCAGAAACCACAGCUCUGCUGCAGGUGACUGUAACGACAGCAGAAGAUGCUGGGAUAUUUGUGUGUCGUGCUCAGAGCAGGAACGGGCUUGCUGAGCAGAGGGUGGAGCUUAAACUGGCUGUAAUGGCACCUCAGGCCUCAGUAACCGAUACAGAUCUCACAGCCAACGAGGGCCAUACGGUGACCAUGCACUGCCAUGCUAGUGGUUCCCCCACUCCAGUCAUUUCCUGGUCUAAACUGCGAGCGCCAUUGCCAUGGCAGCACAAGGUGACCGGAGGAAGUCUUACUCUUAGUAAUGUGGGACGACAAGAUUCAGGCCAGUACAUCUGUAAUGCCACAAAUGCCCUGGGAUUCAGCGAGGCAUACGUGCAGUUGGAGGUGGAUUCCCCUCCCUACGCCACCACACUGACGGAUGAAAUAGUCGCACGCCGAGGUGAGGCCAUGCGUCUGCAGUGUCUCGCCCACGGCACUCAUCCAAUCCGCUACCGCUGGACACGUGUGGGUGGGGCAGCCAUGUCCAUGAGGGCGGAGACCACCAAAGACGGCUUGUUGAAGAUUAGUCAGCUGAAAGUAACGGACAGCGGAACAUAUAAGUGUGUGGCGACCAACCACGUGGGCUCCAGUGAAGCUUUAACCAAAGUCACUGUGAUGGCUUAAUUACAGACCAUCUUCAACAGUCUGAUGUCUGUACGUUAAUUAUGAGGUCACAAUAACCUCUUAUUAAAAUAACCAGACCUGGAAGAAAAUGAUGUCCAUAGAAAAAACAAACAUUGAAAGUUUUGCUAAGAUGUUCAGAACAUCAGGAAAGAAAUAUUUAGCUUUGUCUUGUAUUCUGUUAUUUUAAAUUUUUCUAAAAUGGAACAGUGGAUACAAUUAUUUUACUUUACUUCUCUGUCAAAUAAACAGAUAGUAAAGCUCA